CAUAAGUGUGGAAACACAUCUUGUGCAAAGCGAACUGUUUUCUUCUGCACUGCCCUCUACGAAAGACCCACAUGAUUGGGAAAUUCCAACCUCAACUGCAACCAAAUUCCUCAAGAACCACCUAUAAAUAUCCCCGGCGUGCCCACUCACUCCAGUAGAAUUAAGCUACUGAACCCUCCAUCAUGAAGCUCGCUGUGGUCCUCGGUCUGAUGUUCCUAGCAGUGUGCGACGGUCGCAGGCUGGGCCGCUGUGAGGUCGCUCGCAUUUUCAAGAACCAGGGGCUCGAUGGCUACGAAGGCUUCAAGCUUGGCAACUAUGUGUGCAUGGCUUACUGGGAGAGCAGGUUCAAGACGCACAGAGUGCGAGAAAGCAGCGAAAUGGGGAAGGACUACGGAAUCUUCCAAAUUAACAGUUACAAGUGGUGUGAAGACGGCACCCCGGGUGGAAAGAACCUGUGCAGAGUUCCCUGUGGAGACCUGCUCAAAGAUGAUCUGAAAGCUUCAGUUGACUGUGCGAAGCUUAUUGUCAAAACAGAUGGACUCAAGUCUUGGGAUACCUGGGAUAAGUACUGCAGCGGCAGGAAGAUGUCACGCUGGGUGAAAAAUUGUGAUCGGAAGUGAGGAAACGAUACAGCAACAAUGUUCAUAUGACCAUUCAUGUCACUGUUAUGAUUUAAAAGAGAACUACACAACUUUACUGAUAAUCUAAACUCAUUUAGCUUAUAUAUCAGCUUUGCGAAUGUUUUAAAGCUUAGCUGAAGCAGUAACUAUGUUUUGCAUGUAAUCAUGUGAUUGUUUCUAUUUGAAAUUAAUUCUAAUAAACAGCAUUUUACUA